CAUAUGUUUUCUGUUUUCGUUAUAUUCUGAAAAAUCUUAUUUCUUAAUCCUUUCCUUAGUCCUUACUUUGCUUUAUUUUUGUGAUUGUGAAUGUGACUGUUACAAAAGAAUAUGGUUUUGUUUAUGUCAUUGACUUGUUAAGAAAUGUAAAUAUUUCAUUCCAUGAGUGUUUCCGAAAUAUGAUUCAGGGGAACAGCCAAUAUUUUGGAAUAUUGCUUUGAACAUCAGUUUUCUAGUUUCCUCAUCUCUUCCAAUAUGAGCAUGUUCUACAGCACUUGUCUUGACGAGUACUGUCAAUACCGUAUCAUUUUCCCGGCUGCUUUCACAACAGUGGCGUGUCGGGGAUGCGGUCAGACUCACAAUGUGAAAGAAUUGCCCGAUAAAAAACCUGUUGAGGGAUUGGAAACCAAGCUGCAAAGUCUAUUGACCAGUUUGUUGGUAGAAACUCAGACUCCUAAGAGAGGUCCUGAAACAAUUAAAGUGCUCGGAGUUUCAAACUACCAUCACAAGCUGUUGUCCCAUCUGUUAACGACUCAUGGAAUGGACAAGAAGACAGGAAAGGCGAGACCGCUCAAGGAGCUUCUCCAGAGACCAACAUUGGACUGUAGUGUAUUCGGAGACAGAUGCUUCAGUAUCGAGGAGAGACAUUUGAACAUCAGCGGCUACGGCAGGGAUCAGAGCGGAAGUGCUAGCUACCUUGCAGACACACUGGCUCUGCUACUGCCUUACAAUGAUAACAAAGAGACGCUAGUUCCGCUGCACGUAGAUGGCGAUGGCCAUUGCCUGGUACAUGCAGUUUCCAGAGCGUUGGUUGGCCGAGAAAUGUUCUGGCACCCGCUGCGCGUUGACCUCCAAAUUCACUUCAAGGAUCAUUUGGAUACUUACAAGGAACUCCUAGGAGACUUUAUCAACGGGUCGGAGUGGCCGUGUAUCAUUGCGGAGUGUGACCCAGACUUUGUCCCACCUGAUGGUAUCGUGGGUCUAAGACCCAUCCAUGUGUUCGGGCUGGCAAAUGUACUGCGGCGACCCAUCCUGCUGCUGGACUCAGUGGCCGGCAUGAACACUUCUGCCGACUAUGCCGCUGUGUUCCUACCGGGGUUGUUUCCCCCAGAAAGGUGUUGCAACAAAGCAGGCAGGCUGAACCCCCCGCUGUGUCUAGCCUGGAGCAGCCCGGCCCGAAACCACUACAUUCCUCUGGUUCCCGUCAAAGAACGCCCAUUGCCUCAGUUCCCCAAGUCACUACUGCCCAAAGUGUGGGGACUUCCCCAGUCUGUUCUAGAGCAGUAUCUGCAGUUCAACGAGAACAACUGCCUCGUCAUCGGUGGUGAGAACUGCAUACAGGCUGGCUACAUGCUGCGACUGACUUGUGCUAUGGAUGAGUUGUUCUACAACAAGUAUGGAGCUCAAGCUCAGCUGGUAACGGACAUGUACCUGUAUCAGUACGCCAGCAGGAAAACUGGUGCAGGACUGCGGAUGAUGUCAGUAGUGGAAGCUACAACCGCAGCUCUGCAGGAUCGCAGGCUGCAGCGCUGUCUGGUGUGUGACGCCAUCAACAUUCUACCUCUGAGUGACGACUGGUUGCGACCGCGCGGCUUCCUCUACGCAAUGGCCAAGAAACAAUACGGCUUCCUACAAGAGGAUCGCAAGUAUCCCUUCACGGCUUAUGGCGUCACAUGUACUUACAAUGCUAAAAAAGACAUGUUGGUAGUAGACUCUGCUCUAAGUAUGGACAGCUGCAUGUUCUGUAGUGGGAAACUCCGCAUGAUUCAUCAUGAUGGCACAGUGGCAUACGAGAACGGAGACGUGACAAACGAACCCGUCAAGAACCCUUUGAAUCGUUGUCCCUGCGGCUUUAAACAUUGGUGGAAAGGAGUGGCUUACGAUAAUCCACCUGUAGAGAUCCCCGUGUUGAUGGAAUGGAACGGAGUGAGUGUUGGUGACAUUGUUCACUGGUUCCAAUACGAGUCUGACAGACGACUGAACAGCAAUGCGUACCAGCUGGCCUCCUUCCUGUUGCAGAAACACUUCCCAGGUGAAUUUGGUUCGGAACGCCUGCAUCAAAACAUUGUCCAACAGAUUUUGGAGCAGGUGAAGGAAUUACCACCGGCCCCCCGAGUUGAUUCUCCUGUCGACAUGAUGGAGCAAGACUCACAGUGCAAGGAGGAGGCUUGUGGAACCAGUGUUACCACCCCUGUAGCAGUGAAUAGUGUCGACCCACCAGCAAUGAACAGUGCCACUAGUGCCAACACGAGUGAACAAAGUGACGCAUGUGCAAGUGCUCAGCGGAAAAAGAAAACGUUGAUGAAGCCAGAACACAAACCGAGCACCUCGAGGACAAAUCCCAAUGUGGGUCGAGGUUACCGCGUGGGCCCCGGGAUGUCGAUGUUGUCUUCUAUGCCUGUAGAGCCUAACUCUGAGGCCAUGGACCGAUUCCUGCAGUUGAUGAAACGCAAAGCUCCAUCGCCCAGUUCUCCAGACUCGCCCAGCCCUUCUACUAAACAUUUCAAAUUGAAAUAGUCUUGAGUAAACUAUGUGGGAGUUCCUGUGAUUGUGAAACAUUUAGUGCUUUGUUAGAUAAACGCUCUGUACAGUUUGUUAUUUAAACUCGCUAUAUUAUAUUGUGAUAUUGAUAACUUUACUUCAUAAAUAUUAUAUAAGUUAUUAUAGUUUAUUAUCUUUAUUUAUUACUACUAUAGCUAUAACAGAUUUUCUUGUAGAGACAUUUCACAACUAAAAUAUAGUUUCUGCGUUGGAAAUAGUUAGGAUUUUAUUUGGCUAAUCCUCCAUGGUGCUGAUAUAUUGCAGCGUUGUCUGUCAAAUAUUUUGGCUCUUAAGUUGUUUGCUGCUUUGUUCCGUUUGUUUGAAUAUGGGUACUUUCAUACUGGUUUUUUUUAAUUUGAUAGAAUCGCUUAUUUACCGUCAUCUAAAAAAAGUAUAAGGCAAGAUCAUGCGGUUGAUGAUCUUGGAUUUGACCUCGAUUAUGGCCAAACUUGAUCAGGGGAAAUUGACACUGACGCGUCCGCAAUAUAGAAACUUGUGAUGUUGCCAUGAUUGCUAGAGGUAAUCACAAGUGUUACCGUAUUCGCUAAAAUUCCUCAGAUCAUUAUUGUUAUGAGUGAUGAAUUUGAAUUUAAAAUUUUAGACUCAAGUUUUAGGAUUUGGAUUUUAUCAUCAUUAUCCUUGUAGUGAAGGCGAUUUCUACAAAACACUACUACCCCGUUAAUAAUGGAUGGAUUUUUACAAACGAUGUGUCAAAAUUAAGUAUUUUUUUGUGUAGACGCCCCCUUUCACCAAUUCCUGUGAUAAAUGUCCUCGGGCUUUGCCCCGCAGGCCAUCAAAGUCCCAGUGUAUUUUUUAUGAAGAAAAUUUACUACCCAGCUGUUUAAUACAUCUUACUUCAGAAGUGGAAUUUGUCAAGUGUCAAGAUAUUUUGCGUCAUGUGUACAUGUUGUUAGUUGAAUAUAAACAAACAACACAUUCUUUUCUGCAUUCACCCCAAAGCACGGGCAGAGCUAGUUGUCUGUAAUAGCCGCAAUUAACCAAAACCUAAAACCAAAAUCAAUAUAUCUUAUAAUAUAGUGAAAUUUAUACAAAUCCACAUGUUCAUGAACAAUAACUAUAUACAAUGCAACAGAUGUUUUCUACCUCCUUUUUAAGUGUUUUUUUAUCUAACUACAGAAAAAAAUACAUGUUUGCUAGCUUCUUUUUAAAUUUUUUAUUUUAACCAUCUAAACUUU